GGGACACGUUUGACUGACGAACUAAAUGGUCCACUCGCAUCCUAGCCAACAAUCUUUUUUUUUGCCUAGCUUUGACGCCUACGCAUGACAGGACAAUACAAAAAUUCAAAACAUUAAAUAGUACAGACACGAUUACGGCAAUUCUCGACGUUCUUUGAAAAGUCGACGAGCGUUUGGGAGCCCUCAAUACUCGACUUCCGACAAUGUUGCUGACGACGGGUCGCCUGUCUAAAGCGCUGCAGCUCACCCUGGCGGUCAUCAAACCAGAUGCAGUGGCUCAUCCUCUCAUGCUGGAGGCUCUUCACCAAAGUAUCCUGGAUAACCACUUUAUCGUCGUUCGCUGCAAAGAUCUGGUGUGGAGGCGACAAGACUGCGAGAGGUUUUAUGCUGAGCAUUCAGAGCGAUUCUUCUAUCAAAGACUUGUUGAGUUCAUGUCGAGCGGCCCGAUGCGGGCGUACAUUUUAGCCCGAGAGGACGCCGUUCGCCACUGGAGGGAACUGAUGGGUCCGACCAAAGUCUUCCGAGCCAGAUACACGUCCCCCGCCUCUCUGCGGGCUCAGUUUGGCCUCACGGACACGCGCAACACCGCUCACGGCUCGGAUUCUGCCGAGUCGGCGCGGAGAGAAAUGGUGUUCUUUUUCCCGGACUUUCGUGCGGAGGAGUGGAUGGAGAGCGAGGAGCCGGCGUUCCGGUCGGGACACGCACAUUAUGACCCUCGGCAACGCAUCCACACACUUUCUGCUCAGACCUGACCUCAGAUCUGCUGUUAUCCCUCUUACGCAGCUGCUACUCAGACUGUUUAGAAAACACACAAAUCCAGACACAACUCAAGACACGCAGUCGUACAAAUAACACCUCAAACAAACAAUUUCCACUCGUCACUGUAGAAAGUGCAGUCUUCAAUUUCAAGUUCCUGAGCCACAAUAUAAACAACGUAUUUGCCCUUAAGCGUGACUAGAAAGUAUUUAUUUGUGAGUUUGGACCCCCCCCUCCAUGUCGUCAUCGGAGACUACACACAUUGGACACCGUGUGAAAAUUCUGAAAAAAUUCUGUCGUUUUAAAAAACAAACACAGAAGAUGUACGUUUGCCGCGCUCUACAGAGUCAUCCAAAAACACGGCGCAAUACGCUUUCGAGAGCGAGGAUCCAUCAAAAUGGGCGCCGCACUGGAAGGGGUGGAGCCAUAGGUUUUCUCCCAGCCAAUCAGUGAAGACAGCUCAAAUAUGGAAAAAGUAUAUAUAUACAGUAUAUAUGAGCGAUUUAUUAUUAUAAUAGAAUGUAAAGGUUACUGAAGUUAAUAGAGUAUUCUGUACACUUCUGCUGUUGAAUUUUUUAUUUUACAAGUGACAUAAUAAAGGGGUGACAAACUCAUUUUUGUCCUGGGGCACAUCGUCGUUACGGUUUCCCUCAGAGGGCCGUUACGACUGUGAAACCAUAUAAAUGUUCCAUUGCCUCUUCACAGUACUACAUAUACACAACAAAUUAAUGGAUAACUAGUUUGGAAAUCAGAAGUCAAGCAUCAUAGUUUGUUCAACUAUUAUUCAAGUUACCGUAAAAGGGGUUUUGGUAACAAAAAAAUGCUUGCAGUCCCUCGGUUAUUAUUUCUUACACAUGACGAUUUAAAAUUUUAGUACAGAUUUUGGCAAGAAUCAUACAAGUUGACGCAAAUGAUUUGCUUUCGCGGGCCACAUAAAUUGAUGCGGCAGGGCGGAUCCAGCCCACGGGCCUCGAGUUUGACACGUGUAAUAUAGGGUUCAAAUAUAUAUUUCGUGCUGUCCAGUGAAAAACACGUAUCUCCAUUUUGGGGGGGAUACCAUAUCAGUUAAACACAAAUUAUUAUUAUUUUUUGUUUUAAACCUAUCCGUUAAAAAUAGAUAACUCAGUGCGGAGAUACUUGAGUACUUUAUGAAAAGUCAAAUGAUAAGCAUGUAUCUACAAAUUUUGUGAUUGAUCUUCAUCCGUUAUAAUAUUUUGCAAACCAAAAAAAUCCUUCAAUUUAAAAAUGCACUAUAAAGAACAAAUCAAAUUGAAGACAUUUGAUUUGUUCUUAAUGGUCAGUGUCAUGAAAAUGUCACGUUUGGUUUUUGAAGGCAAGGCAAAAACGGGGAGCCGAACGCAGUAGUGCAGGAGUACCAAAAAAGGAUAUUUCAUUUCCAAAAAAGCCAUCCAAGGAACAUGGAAAAGGCUAACUGAACAACUGAUAACCAAAGUAACAAAGAAACC